UCAGGUGGGGCCACCCGGCCCGCUCGCCUCGCCUCGCCCCGCCGCGUCAGGCCGCGUCUCCUCAGUUCUUCACGGGCGGCGGCGGCGGCGCUACAACUUUUGACAUUUUGGCGGCGGAGGAGCGCGCCGGCACUGCGGGACCGACGGCUGUGGCAGCGGCCGACCUUCGAGGGCCCCUCAGUCGCACCGGCGCUCCCGCCGCCCAGGGUCGGGCGGCCACGAGGCCCCGCCGCGUCGUCCCGCGUCGCCCCGCCGGGCGGCUGCAGCCAUGUCGCGGGGGCCGGAGGAGGUGAACCGGCUCACGGAGAACACCUACCGGAAUGUUAUGGAACAGUUCAAUCCUGGGCUACGAAAUUUAAUAAACCUAGGAAAAAAUUAUGAAAAAGCUGUUAAUGCUAUGAUCCUUGCGGGAAAAGCCUACUACGAUGGAGUGGCCAAGAUUGGUGAGAUUGCCACCGGGUCCCCUGUGUCAACAGAGCUGGGCCAAGUUCUCAUAGAGAUUUCAAGUACCCACAAGAAACUCAAUGAGAGUCUUGAUGAAAACUUCAAAAAAUUCCAUAAAGAGAUUAUACAUGAGCUGGAGAAGAAGACAGAACUUGAUGUAAAAUACAUGAAUGCAACCCUUAAAAGAUACCAAACAGAACACAGGAAUAAAUUAGAUUCUUUGGAGAAAUCUCAAGCAGAGUUGAAGAAGAUCAGAAGGAAAAGUCAAGGAGGACGAAAUGCGCUCAAAUAUGAACACAAAGAAAUUGAGUAUGUAGAAACCGUUACUUCUCGCCAGAGCGACAUCCAGAAAUUUAUUGCAGAUGGGUGCAAAGAAGCUCUGCUUGAAGAGAAAAGGCGCUUCUGCUUUCUGGUUGACAAACACUGUAGCUUUGCAAAUCACUUACAUUAUUAUCAUUUACAGUCUGCAGAAUUACUCAAUUCCAAACUGCCUAGGUGGCAGGAGACCUGUGGGGAUGCUACCAAAGUACCUGAGAAAAUCAUGAAUAUGAUAGAAGAAAUUAAGACUCCAGUCUCUACCCCAGUGUCCGGAACACCUCAGCCUUCACCAAUGAUCGAGAGAAGCAACAUGGUUGGGAAAGAUUAUGACACCCUUUCUAAAUAUUCACCAAAGGUGCCCCCAGCUCCUUCAGCCAGAGCGUAUACCAGUCCUUUGAUUGAUAUGUUUAAUAACCCAACAGCAGUUGCACAGAAUUCAGAAAGGAUAAAGAAUUCAACAGUUUUAACAGAUUCUUCAGAUGAUCCCAGUUUACAGCGAUCGGUUUCUGUCGCAACCGGACUGAACAUGAUGAAGAAGCAGAAGGUGAAAACCAUCUUCCCACACACCGCAGGCGCGAACCAGAGCUUGCUCAGCUUCGCCCAGGGAGAUGUCCUCACGCUGCUCGUCCCCGAGGAGAAAGACGGCUGGCUUUAUGGGGAGCACGACACCACUAAAGCGAGGGGUUGGUUCCCGGCAUCUUACACGAAGUUGCUGGAAGAAGAUGCAAAGGAGGCCAUGAGUGUGCCCACACCAAGCCCAGCGCCAGUGAGAAGCAUCAGCACCGUGAACUUAUCCGAGAAAAGCAGCGUGGUCAUCCCCCCGCCAGAUUACUUGCAAUGUCUGUCCCUGGAAGCGGCUGCAGAUAAGAGAGCAGACAUUUCCAAAAGUAUUUCUACCUUUAAAGCACCGGUGUCCAAACCAGAAAGCACCUCUCCUAACGAUGCAAAUGGGACAGCAAAGCCUCCUUUUCUCAGCGGAGAAAACCCCUUCGCGACGGUGAAACUCCGGCCGACGGUGACAAACGAUCGCUCUGCACCGAUCAUUCGAUGAAGAGCAGGCCGGGAGCUCCAGUCCCUCCGACGUUAAGUUCUCACUUGCAAAAUGAUUUGUUGUUUGGUGUGCGCUUAACUGUUGCAAAGCUUCGCCAAAGGGUGCCUGAUUUUAAAUGUAUUCCACUUGAGCAAAUCGACGCAUUUUCUCAAUUUAACAUAGUUGGGUUGAUACAUUUGUCUUCAAUAAUAGUCUAGUGACCCACUCAAAUCAGUGAAAAUAUUUUCUUCCCAUUCUGUCAGAAGACCAUAAAUUUGGUUCCAAUCCUUACUGUAUCAUUUUUUUUAAUAUUCUGUGAUUAUUUUUUAAUAGAAUGAGGGAUAGUCUGCUUUCGUGACCAGCUCUCUGCAUGAAAUGAGCACAGUUUUAUUUUAAAAAGCAUGUGCUCUUAUCUAGCGUUAUAACAUUAUCUAAAGGAAAGGUUGUGUAAAGUUGCAUCUUAGCAUGCAAAUCAUAAUUUUAAGCAAUAUAAAUUAUGAAUAGUCUAUAAAAUUUAAUUUUUUAACUUAAAAAUUCUUAAUUUUUGUUUAAUCAAAUGUAGAGCUACCUAAGAUGGAGAAAUCCCCAAGUUCCCCUUGAUUUAGACAUAGCUACAGAGCACGGAGGUGUUUUGCCUGUCCCUGUCACGGCCACGUUUAGUACUUGCAUAACCCCAGAGCUACGGACUUUGGUAGCUGGGAGUCACCGACUGGAUUCCCCAAUGAAAACACACCCGACUGUGCUGCAGGUGAUGGGCGUCACUCACGUGUGUAAGGACCCUGCGUGUGCAGACCCAGGGCGUUCUCGCUAAGCCGGCUGACCAAAGCUGCCUCCAUCGCUGGUGUACUCUGAAACCCCUUGGGGUCCAAGUUUCUCCAUUUCUGAGUCGGGUACGGACACACCUACGCACGCCCCGAAACAGCGCGUACAAAGCCAUAUGCCCAAGUCUCAGCAGCCAGGAUGGGAAGUUCUGCAUUUCACCCGAGACCUGCCCUGUGCCCUCAGAACCCGGGGUGUCCCGUGCCAAGGGACCUUGGAGCGAGUGGCCGAGUUGAUCUCUGGCUGCCAGGGAUCGGGCCCUGUUUGGGAGGAGUGCAGAAUCAGGACUCACACCCAGGCCAUUCACUGUGUGUGGGCGAAGAGGGCCCUGUUUUUUUUUAUCACAGCCCCUUUGGUCUCGCCGUAACUAUCAACGUUUUUCUAGACACUUGAAACUAGUCUUGGGCAAACGCAGGUAAACCAGUGUGUGUGCGUGCCACUUCUCGUUCUUGCUCCUGUCCUGGCCGGGUUGGCAAACCAGACGAGGUCCCCAGGAGCUGAGGAGUCAGACCCGUGUGAGGGCUCUCCAGGGGCUGAGUGGUUGGCGGGCAGUACACCUGUCUUGAGGAAAGACGCUCCAGCCAGGAAAGAAAACACGGUCCACUUUAGUUAAGUGGUCCACUGCUCCUCUAAGAGGAGGGUUCACGGAAGCCCGGUAUUUUCAACAGGGGGGUGGGGGGGGUGGGGAGGGUUUAAGACACAGCCCCGGUGUGUUACAGGGGGUGGGGGCCCUGGGCUCCAGAGCUCCGCUCUCUGGGAUCCUUUGGCUUCAUUACAGAUUAUUAGGUGUGGUCUGCGGGGACCCGUUCUGCACCUCCAGGGAAUGGGCUGCAGCGGGCACCCACCUGCCUCACGGAGGGCGGGCGGGCGGGCUUGCCUCAGGCCCCGGGCAUGGAGUAAUGUCAAGGUAUUAUGUUUCGUUAUAAUAAUAAAACUUCGAAAAGCA